AUGAGCGUUGAACAGCGGCAAUCCACCGGCGCUAGCAGCAAAUCCAAACGACGAUGGACCGACCUAGAAGAUGAUGGGAAGGCAACGGGGGAACCAAAGCGUCAGCGAGUCUCACGGGCCUGCGAUAGCUGCCGAUCGAAAAAGGACAAAUGCGAUGGAAUACAGCCAGUGUGCUCGACUUGUGCAUCGCUCUGCCGACCCUGUACCUAUAAGGCCAAUCCAAAGAAGCGAGGCCUGCCCACAGGCUACAUUCGAUCGCUGGAGUUACUUUGGGGGCUGGUAUUCCAAAGGAUCCAAGGCAGUGAAGAUGUCAUGCGAGCUUUGAUGCGAUCAAUCAAUCUUCCAAGCCACCUGGCUACAAUGGGCAAGGAAACGGAGGGGUCUGAUGCAUUGCUGGCUUCCUUCAAAAAUAGCACAGUACUCAGAGACAUUGAACGCAUUCUGAUAGUACUGGAGCAGCCGGAGGAGGAAAGGGAGCGAAAUCUUCAGACAUAUAGCGAGGAAGAGACAACUUUAGAUGUUGAAGGCAUUCUUUCUUCCGCUGAAGCACAGGAAUGGCAGAUCCCGGAAGGCAUGGAAACUCGUGAAACCCCAUUACCAGGAGUAUCGCCGACUCGCACAGCAGUCGGGGUCUCUCCUAGGAAAGUUACAGGACCACGCCCGACUACAGACUGCGGUAUUCAAACAAUUACACCAGACGACGGAUACUCGUCUUCCGCUUUCCCACCGAAUCCUGGUUAUCCUCCAUCGCUCUCCAUGAAAACCCCUCUCCAACUCCCCUAUAACGCAUGGCCCCUAUUUGAUGUGUAUUUCUCCUACACGCAGUGUUGGUUCCCUGUGCUCGAAAAGCACGACAUACUCCGCACCGCUUUUCAAUAUACUGAAGGCAAUGUAUAUUCAUCGAGUUCAACCCCCGGGUCUGGAGAGCACGCGGCCUUGUGGGCUGUUCUCACUCUCGCAUCCCUCCAGUACGCUUCUAUCUCGGCCUCCAACCACGUGGAAGAGCAACCUAGUGAUCAAAUGACCCCAUCACAAAUGUAUAUUACUGCCCGACAAUUCAUUCCACCUGAGAGUGGCCCACACGAAAUCGGGCACGUGCAAGCACUGUUGAUCCUGGGUUUAGUCAAAUUCGGACAGCAAGAAUCAACUGGCUCCUGGAUGCUUGUUGGUCAGGCUGUUCGCAUCGCGCAUAUACUAGGUCUCAAUCAAACUCCAUAUUCAUCAUCAUCGAGAACUACGGCUGAUGAAAAGCACCUUGGUCGAGCAAAACAUGUGUUUUUGGGUUGCUUUGUUCUCGAGACCCUAAUUGCUGAAUCAAUUUCGCAAUGCCCAUCGCUUCGAAAGGCAGACCUGGCCAGGGUAGGCUCUAUCAGCGAGGAUGGUCUCGAGGAAUGGCACCCUUGGGAAGAUCAAACUGGGCUACGCCCCGCCCAGUCCUCACGAGCAUCUAUGCAGCGAGGUCCUCUUCAUGCGUUGAGCACAUUUAACCGCCUCGUCAGCGUGGUAUCCAUUUUGAAUGAUCUAUGCUGUUGCAAGCACGACCCGACUAUAUCUCGAUCCCAGCUGGAGCAACUGGAGUUGCAAUUACAGCGCUGGGUAACAGCAUUGCCAAAGAGCUAUCGUGUCGAUCUACAAAAUCGCCCUGUGAGACUGGCUUCCCCGCAUAUUUUCAUCUUAGAGAUGACAUAUGAAAGUGUUGUCAUUGCUCUCAGCUCUCAAAUUGCCAUCCGUGAAUAUGAUCAGAACAUACCCGAACCGCCUCACAAAAAUCGUGCUACAGAAAGCUCGAAAAGGCUUUUGCAAUUGCUCCAGGCCUACAUGGAGACAUACAGCUUUUCGGCCACUGCACCAACCUUUGGUCUCAUCCUUCGAUUUGGCCUUCCGCGAUCUAUUUCCGGAGACCUCCCGUCAGAUCUUGAUAUGGGGUUGCGAAACAACGUCCAGAAUCUUUCCUCCCAGCUUUCUAUGUUGUGGACUAUGCCAGACCAACAAACUGCUAGUCAAAAUGUAUCCCACAGACCUCAGCUCUUGGAUACUUCUCCUAUGGUUUCACAGCAUAUUGAUACCUCUAACGGUAGAGAUAUAACGAUCCCGUCAUCGUUCCCAAUACCCACACCCUCACAUCUCUUUCAUGCCACACAUGCGACACAUUCACCCCAAAAUAAUACACAUUCCGCGGUUGCCCCUGAAAACCCAUUUCUCCCCACGCCUUGGCUCAGAACCACACAACAUAUCGAAGACAUAUCUCUUCUUCACACGCCGUCAUCUCUAACAUCCGUUGGGGGCGCUUCUGAAAAUCCUCCACAACAAGAUCACUUGGAUGGCCCUCUUAACAAUGGAAAUCCCCAUCCUACAUCAGCACCUAGCAAAUCCCAUAAUAGUACCGGGAUGCUCACCGCGCUUUCGCCAUCAUAUCAUCAAAGUGCACAAUACCAUCCAACGGCAUAUCACGACACAUCACUCAAUAUAGGUGGCAGCUUUCUUGAUAUGGAUGGCUAUUCACGUCCACGGAGGCAGCGGAUUGCUCCUGAUCUCGAUGCAUUAUUUGACGAGCUGGCGUCCUUGGAUGGUGCAGAAAAAGCCGACAAUCAACCAGAAUUCAUGCAAAACCUAGGUUUUGUCUCUGAUGCGGGUAUUCCUGAGCUCUACUCGUUCUCUGGUCAGAUCGAGCCUUUCUUGCUAGCACAGACCCAGCAGCUACCCAAUAAUGGCACUCCCUCUGAUAUGCGACGAGAGUCCCAGCCUCUUGCCAUGUCAGGAACCCCCAAGCGAUGA